AUGAAGUAUCCUUCACAGCUGGUGUUUGCACCAUUACCAACAACAAGUGUCAUACAGCACACUGUCAAAUAUGAACCGCGAUCCGAGCAUGGUGUGGAGGAGAACACUUUGCAACCCAAAGUCGUGCUGCAUCGCUACAAGGGAGACUUGAUCUACGCACGACUUGUCAACAACAAUACCAGCUUAGAAUUGCGACGCUAUAUUCUCGAUUCAAGCGACACUACAAAGGAUCAGCAAUCGCCAGUUAUUUGUGUCAACUACAGCACGGCUAUCGCAUCGGAUAUUGUGUUUGUCAAUGGGGAUCAAGGUCUUUAUUGUUGGAUCGUGUCUGUGGACGGUCAGCUUAUUCGACACAAGUUUCAAGUGAACGACCUCUUUGCUACCAACACCAACACAGUGAUAGAUGGGCCAAGUCCAACGACAUACCUUGACCCUAUUGUGCGACCUAUCAAAUCGUUCAUGAACAAUCAACUCGUAUCUCUUUCGGUAACAGCAUCAGGCGUGGCCACUCUUGCGUUUGAUGAUGGUUCUCUCGUUCAUAUUCAAGAUCUUGAACUACACAAUGCUCCUGCAACACGUGAAGGGUUGAAUGUGAUUUACAAAGAUGAUGCUGUUUGCGAAUACCAGAUCCAUGAACUUAGCACAUUUGCUCCAUUUGUUUUAUUACGACGCGUCGGUGGGAUGGUAGGAUGGAAUGGUAGUGCAUCCAUGGGUGCAUCCAGCGCACAAGUCUAUAUAUCAGCUCUGGCAUCCCGAGAUCGUACGACUAUAGGCGUGCUUCAAGAUCAUCAACUAUCGAUAUGGAAGGAUAUGACAUCUACAACGAAUCCAAAGCUUCUUGAAUUGCCACAAUUUGAUGAUGCUCACCAACGACUGAUGGAUACCGAAGAGCAAGAUUUGACAUGUCAAUUCCCUGGCAGCUUCGAUCCACCUCCAUUGGAUAAUCACCAUGACCAAGACCCAGCACUUUCCAGUGACAAUCAUACACCAGAUUAUCUUAUUCGGAUAUCCCCUUGUGGAUCGAUCGCUAUCAUCUUCGUUGGUGCCAAGACCUCCCCUUAUUUCGUCAUUUACGACAUUCAAUCGAAUCGAUUUCUACGUGUGGUGAUGAUACCUUCUUCGUCGGAUGAUGAUCAGCAGCCAUUACAAUUUGCGGGAUCCAUCAAAGACAAUGUUGUACGGUUAUGGGUUGUAUGGGCAACACAAGAAAAGCAGCUGGUGCUCUCUACGGUGGAUGUAUCAGUGUCAUCAGCGAAUACCAAUGAUCUGGUCACAAGCCCCGAUUGGCAACAAAUGCUUUCAUGCGAUCACUCGACUCCUUCAGCAGUGGACAUCUUGUUACUAGGCAGCACACAAUUGAUGAUGGCAACUUCCAACACUCUAUCAGCAGCACGUGAUUUAGAUCAAAUUGACGCCGCUUUCUUACAGCAUUCAUCCAUUGAAGAUGCCGGUUGCCAAAUGGUGUUAUCAACAUUAUCAUCCAUUUCUGAUACGCUCGAUACCAAUGCACGUCAACGUCUCGAGACUCAACUUCGAUCAUGUUUCCCACAAGGAUCACCAGAAGAGCUUUACAAACAGCACGGCCUCAAAGAUGUGGAUAUCAGCAAUACACCAACACUCGACAAAAACGACAUUGGCAAAUUGCUAAACUUGAUGGUACCAGAUGAUGCAUCACUACCAGCUGAAGAUGCUCAACAACACAUUGGCACUAUGAUUCAAUCAUUGAUUAUAUCAGCAACUUCUCAAAUUGUCACUACUCGAUUCAACAUUGCAUUUUCAUUAUUGACGUUAUUGGCACACGCUGUUUAUGGUGACGGUGAUACAUCAUUGAAAGAGCUUAUGUUAUCGACAUGGGAACUUUUACGCACAUUGGAUGCAUUGCGAUGGCUGGAAUCUGAAGGCAACGAUAUGCGACAAGUAUACCCUGUCGUCCUGGAGAAGCAUAGUUGGGAUAUUGGUGCAUCUGCUUAUCAUCGGGUGGCAACAUUGGCUAAACCGGAUAUGUUGAUUGAGAUUGCCGACAUGUUAGCUGUUCAAGGUGACACCGAAAGAGCGAUUGCGUUGACACGAUUAUUCCUUGACAACAAGCAAUUAACCAUGGCGAUGGGUGGCAAAAAAGGUGAUACGGUGCGAGCUGUCCAAUGCCGUGGAUACCUGGCAAACAAAGAAUUCGAUCAUGCAGUGGAAGUGCUUCAACAGGUGACGGAUCCCGCAGUACAAAACAGGUUGCUGGAUGACCUAUUGGAUCGUGCAUAUACAUCAGCAAAUUACGAUUUCAUCUGUAAACGGUUACAGCCUCUUGGUGUAUCUCGUGUUGGUGAUUGCAUUCGACAAAAAGCUGAAAAUCAAGUCAAGGUGGACACCGAUACGGCAAAGGAUCAUUUAAGCUGGUGGGAAUUGGGUUACUCCUUUUAUGCACUUGCCAACCACAUGGAGCAAGCGUACGCAUGUAUGCGACUGCAUAUGGAGCAAACAGGCAACAAGGACAAGGUGUUGAUGGACUUCUUUUCUGGAAAAUAA